AUGGAGGUGCUGCAGAAAGGUGGUAAUGCCGCCGACGCCGCCGUGGCCGCAGCAGCCGUGCUUCAGGUUCUUCAGCCUUUCGCCUCGGGGAUCGGCGGUGACUGCUUCUGCAUAUUCUAUAAAGCAGCCGACAAGUCCGUUCAAAGCAUCGACGGAAGUGGAAGGAGUCCAGCGAGGCUGACCAUGGAGCUGCUCCGGUCGAGGGGAUUCGGCGAGAGAAACCUCCCCGGCCGAAGAAGCGGUCUCACGGCCACAGUUCCCGGGGCGGUCAAAGGAUGGUUCGACACGGUGGAGCUCUUCGGAAGUAAAAAGGUUACCAUGGCGGAUAUUUUGGGACCUGCCAUCCGCUACGCUGAAGACGGCUUUCCCGUGGGUCCCAUCAGUGCCUUCCAGUGGCAGCGUCACGAGGCCAUGCUCAGAGAUAUGUAUGGAGGCCACAGCUUUCUCCGAUUUGGAAGGGCCCCUCGUUCCGGGGACGUGCUCACAAACCAACCUUUGGCUAACGUACUGAGGACGCUGUCCAAGGAAGGUCCAGCUGCCUUUUACGAGGGUCCCGUUGCUCAGGCCGUGGUUGAUGCUGUCGCUGCCGUGGGGGGCGUUCUUAGUCUUGAAGACCUCAAGAACCAUCUCGAAUCAUCGGAGAACCCUGUCGUUCCAACGGUUUCCACAACCUACCAUGGAGUCAGAGUCCACACAAUGAGACCUCCCAGCAAUGGGGCUAUACUUCUGGAAGCACUCAACAUCCUCGAAGGCUGCGAUUUAAAAUGCUAUGACAAAACCUCUGGCGAAUAUUUCCACCUGCUGAUGGAAGCAUUGAGGCUCGCUAUCGCCGACGGGCUAAGCUGCCUGUCCAGCCCACAUCCUAGCAGCCUGACGUCGGUGGAUCAGAUGACCUGCAAAAAGCACGCUGAGGACCGUCGUGCUCUCAUAGACAAGACGCGGGCAAUGAACGAGGUUGUGGCUGCAGAUCUUUUGGUCCCUCCACAGUCCCACACCACGUUCCUCAGCACGGUGGACGAGCACGGUAACGCGUGCUCUUUUAUCGGCAGCAACUUCAACACGUUUGGGUGUACCAUUGUUGAACAACACGGCUUCGCGGUACACAACCGAGCCAUGGGUUUUGUGGGAGUGGAAGGACACCCGAACUGCAUUGGCCCACUUAAAAAGCCCUAUCACACAUUGAUGCCGGUGAUGGUUGCGGACAGUUAUUCCGGCGAGUGGGUGGCAAAUAUAGGAUCCAUGGGAGGAUAUCUACAGCCCCAAAUCGUUCUGCAGGUUCUACUGGGAAUGAUGGAGCUGGGAUUAAAUCCGCAGGAAGCGGUCGACAGACCAAGAGUCACGAUUGGGUCUGGAACCUCCGUGCAUCCAGACGCCGGACUUACACUGGAAGAGGGCCUGUCUCCAGAAGUCAUUCAGGGGCUGGAAGAAAAAAGUCACCGCUUCCGUGGUACUAUUAGAGGCGUGAACAGGCGUAACAUGGGCUCGGUCCACGUCACCACCAGGGGGAGCUGGUGGACAAGAGUUCGAGGACCCGGAAGCUACGCCGAGGGUGACGACGUCUUUCUCUGGUUCGGAAGCGAUCCCCGCUGGGAUGGGGCAGCUAUGGCGUAUUAA